AGCACCCGUAUGUACUCGCCGCUCUCACCAGUCCGGGUGGAAUCAUGUCGGGACGGAGCGAGCUCAGCGGAGUUACUGCGUUUAUCAUGAACGACACGCCGGAGACCUAGUCAGCCGGGGACGGACGGAGGCGUUUCAUGCGACGUUAGAGCGACUGACUGCGGGGCCGCGUUUGUUUUUGUUUUUCACGGAAGUGGGCUGGUCUGUGUCGCAUGGACGGAUAGAGACAGACUACCGGGGCUUGACACGAAGAAGUAGCCUAGAAGGCAGGCGGCCGGCCCGGGGGGCAGGGGCAGUGGGGGGUUCAGUGUGUGCGGGGCUCAAAUUGAGACGGGGCCGCUUCUAGCCGGGGAUGUUAUCCGUACUGUCGUAUGGCAGACUGGUAGCCAGGGCUGUCCUGGGCGGACUCUCUCAGACGGACGGUCGGGACUACAGCCUGAUCACCGCCAGCUAUGGCUUCGGCAAAGACUUUCGCAAGGGGAUCCUGAAGAAAGGGAUGUGCUACGGGGACGACGCCUGCUUCGUGGCGCGGCACAAGACUGCGGAUGUUCUGGGUGUAGCAGAUGGCGUAGGCGGUUGGCGCGACUAUGGCGUUGACCCUUCUCAGUUCUCCGCCACCUUAAUGAGAACCUGUGAGCGACUGGUGAAGGAGGGACGCUUCACGCCCACUUACCCAGUGGGCAUCCUGACCUCUGGCUACUAUGAACUUCUGCAGAACAAAGUUCCCCUGCUGGGGAGCAGCACAGCCUGUAUUGUGGUUCUUGAUCGACGGAGUCACCGGCUCCACACGUGUAACCUUGGUGAUUCAGGCUUCCUGGUUGUUCGGGGAGGAGAGGUGGUCCAUCGCUCGGACGAGCAGCAGCACUAUUUUAACACACCCUUCCAGCUGUCCAUCGCUCCUCCUGGCUCCGAAGGGGUGGUGCUCAGUGACAGUCCUGAAGCAGCCGAUAGCUCCUCCUUCGACGUGCAGCUUGGUGACAUCAUCCUCACGGCAAGCGACGGCCUCUUUGACAACAUGCCGGACUACAUGAUUCUACAGGAGCUGAAAAAACUCAAGACUACCAACUAUGACAGCAUCCUGCAGACUGCACAGAGCAUUGCAAAGCAAGCUCAUGACCUUGCAUACGACCCAAACUAUAUGUCUCCUUUUGCACAGUUUGCCUGUGACAAUGGUCUGAAUGUAAGAGGAGGGAAGCCAGAUGAUAUCACGGUGCUGCUGUCUAUUGUGGCUGAAUAUACAGACUAAAAGUGUGUGUACAGUCCUCAGGGAGGGGGGGGGGCUGAUCCCUGCUUCCCAUCUGCCUGAGUCUUCCACCUACGGCCCAAAAUGCACUGUGUCCGUUGGGCCAAUCGGAGAGGCCCACCAACACGACACACUCCUUGCUGCAGGACUGACGUCCACACGUGUAACAUUUUGUUUUCUUCUUCUGUUUUGUUUUUUGGUGCUCGAGCGGUUAAGAAGAAGCAGGCAGCUAGGACAUUCUCAUGUUGAUCAUGAUGCAGGAGGAGCCCAGUACAAUGGGUUGAGGAACGAUGUCUCAUUGUGUGGCAUCAACACAAUAGCUUGGACUAACUAGGGGUUUUAAUAUCUGGUAACCCGUGACUAAAAAGUGAUAUUAUAAGAGGAGUAAGCCAUGGUUUUGGAUUGUUAAAGAGUUGUGACUAAUCUGUCUGUUGUUCUCGUUGUGAGUCAGCUCCAUGUUGUAGACGUUUCUGAACAAACCAUACAGAUGGACUGAGGAGGCUGAUGUUGGGAGCAGAGGGGUCCUAAUGGAGAAUGAAAUCUAAGAGAUGGUUUUGGGGAAUGUUUUAACCACGUAAGAGUAAUUUGGUCAGAUAAAAAAAACUAGAGAGAAACAGUAAAACCUUUUUGAGCUCAAAUGCGAAGGUUUAUCGGGUUUGGUCUCCUGUCUGACGGAUCUGUCAGCACGCACAUCCGGAUGAGUUGUAAAUAUUUCUGUGUUUUCAGGGCUACGUUCUGGCCAUGUCUGUUGUUUUUGCUUUCGUUUGUUAAAGCAAAAUGAUUUGGUUACUGUUGUGGAAGAGGUACACAUGCAUUCAUAAAUGUAUAUUUUCUUGUAUAGAUGUUAAUCUUGAAGUGAUCUUUAUCAAUCCUACACUUCCACUUGCUGAAAUGAACAAGAAUAUAUUUGCUGAGAUUGAUUUGCUACAGUUGUGUGGUAGGAAGGAUGUUUUUUAAAAAAAAAUGUAAGUGUGUAUGUGUGUGGUAUAGAUGUGAGGGGUCGUUGUUGGAAUAUUUGUUGUAUUCAAUGUUAAUAUUUGUUAUCUCACAAAGCUAAAACUAGCAUCUGGGAAUGCUUACAAUUGCAAUGAUAGGUCAGGCAUGAAUUUAAAAGAAAAUAUUUUUUUAUAUUAUUUAGUUUUAAAAAGUAAAAGUUUGAAGUGUCUGCUGAGUGUCUAUGAAGUUUGUGUGAUGGAUGACAAAGAUCCACCAAUCUUAAAGAGUGAGUGUGUGAGUGAGAUGUUUUUAUUUCUCCGAUUCCUUAUUUCCCUCCACAUUUUGUUUUUAGCUGCUUCUCUUUUGUUAUUCAGAUGUCUGUAUAUGACUUGACGAAGUUUUUGUGUGUGCGUGUGUGUAUGUUUUCAUCCAAUUACAAUUAUUAUAGUCUGUCGGUUUGUCUAACAGUUUCCCCGAUUGGUUUGGACAUUGUCUUUUGAAAGUAGUUGCACCAAAGACACAUUUUCUUUGUGUUUGUCAUUAUGCUUUGUUGUUAUGAACAUCAUACUGCAAUACUGUAAAUUCCUCAUGGUCUUAGUCUCGUGUGAUGGCAAGAAGUGUGGGUGGAAAUGUUCAGAGGGUAAUUAGAAUACCUUUUCUAUGCCGAAGUUUGUUUGAGAAUAAAGGUUGUAUCAUAUUUUGGGAUUUAAGUUAUGUGUGUUGUUAUCUCGAUCAAAGUAUUCGACAGGUUCAUAAACCAAAGAAGGAAAGCCAUAUAUAAAUGCAUGAUUAGGGCACUGCUCUGUAUGCUCUGCUGUGAAGAAAACAUUCUGAUGGUGGAGACCACAAUUUUCACUGUGUUGUUCUUUUAAUCGUCGUGGUAGAAAUUCUCGAAGUCGCUGCCAUAGUUGAAUCCACUGGUUCUGCAUGUGUCUUGCAUUAGAAAUCAGGAUGCUGCAAACAAUCCAUAUAUGUGAUGGUUCAGCAGUGCAACAAAUGACCACAUUUGACAUAAACUCAUAUUUAUCGUGUUGAAAAUGAUCUGUCCUAUUCUGUCUGCUCCGUGUUUUUUCCGUCUUAGCUGUUGGCACUGUUUUCACACUUGUAUUUACUUUAAAGAUAGCGGUACAUUUGACAAAGAGAUGUAACCUAUAUGCAGAAGGAGGGGUGGUGACGUGGGUUAUGGUGCUGUGAAGUUAAAAAGGUGUGUGUGUGUGUGUGUGUGUGAGUGAGAGAGAGAGCGCGAGUACAGUUUCAGCCUUAACAAAUAGCUUGACCUGUAAUCAAGAGGCCUUCCCUGUCAUUGCAAGCUUGUGUCUCGUCUCCCCCUCGUUGCCCCGUGUUUGAUGUUAAUGAAGUCUGCCCCGUUUGUAACCUCCUAUAAAGUCUCUCUAAACGGUGCUUCUGCAGUCUGUAUGGUGUGAACAUCCUUUCUCCAGCAAGCAAUGUCCGUGCAUGUGAAAGACAGUGUAUAUAGUGUAACAAUGCAGGUCUAAUUUGUGUAAAUAUGUUUCAAAAUAUGUACAAUAUUUAAAUAAAGAAUCUAGUAUUUAUACUAAA